AUGAGGGCUCAUGGUCAUAAAAAUCAUAAGCGAACCCCCAUCAUCACAGAGACGUUUGUGGAUAGUCAAAGGAACUAUUUCGCCACUGUUGAUGAAAAUACCAUUAAAAAUGGUUUUGAAAUUACAAUGAGAGUCGAGCAUGGUUUCGAACAGGUACAGCCCCCAAACCCUGAUUUAAAUGAUGAGAUGCAGGAGGAAGACCCGAAUGAUCAAAUGGAUGAUGACAAUCAAGGAGAUGAAGCUCCCAGGCAACUUGAACCUAACGGAUUUUACCCAUCUGAAAAUGGUUUUCAUAUCCCAGAAGUUCCCCGCUCCCCUUCGGAUAAUGGAGGCGAAAAUCAGCUAGCAGAACCCGAGUAUCAUGGAGGUCUUCCAAAUGGAGGAGGCCCAGCACUUAUGGAUGUUGGCCACAGUAACCUGCCGGGGGAUCUAUUUACUGUCUACCAGCUAGCAACAGCCUCCUUCAACCAUGGCUACCCCGUUGGUCCCGAAGGAACAUCUGGCCAAGUCAAUCACAAUAAGCAUGAAUCACCCUGUGAUGUGCAUGUCGGAGUUAAUGAGGAAGGACAUCUGACCUUCACAUCGACUGAAGAACUGCUUAAGCACACAGAGGUGGUAAAUACUCUUUUGCAGGAUGGUUCGCAAAACCUUCCAAAUGAAGGUAGUACAUCUCAGCAACGGGAAGAGGCAGCUAAAACAAGCCAGCCGAAUCACAUGGUGAAUCUUGUGGAACUGUCCCCAAUCCUAACAGAAAAGGAACAUCUCUCUUCACAACCUCUCCAGGUGGCAACAAAACCAGGAGGGGACUUACAUGAGGUUCAUCAAUUGACCAAAGAAUAUGUGGAGUGGCUAAAACUACAGGAUGUGGAAGUUGAUCGGUUGGCACGAAAUGACAUGGUUUGGGAAUGGCAACAACGAAAGGUCAACAAACUCAAGAAGGGGUCCUUUUGUUUCCAAAAACCCACUUAUGAGGAAGAUAAAACCGACAAUUUUUCUAUCAACUCGAGCAGCUUCCCGAUCCAGCUUAACCCGUAUCAGGUAUCUACUUCAGCCUUGUUUGAGCUACUCUCUGAUGCUGAAAGUGAUUCUGGCAGGCUGAGGCAGACGGAUAAAAUCAAGAAAAAGAGAACUCAAAGGACUCGGAAAACAAGUCACAACUGGGGUAACAGUCAUCGCAGAAUCAUACGAAAAGUCUCUACCUGGACUGAUGCACCUGCCCUAUUUACUCAGACAGACACAACCAUUUUCUGGUCAGUGUCUGAUGGAAGGAUGAUUGGCCACAAGAGGAACAUACCAGAUACGCCUAUGACUAUUCCUAAGGGCAAGAAGCUGAAACUGAAGCUUAAACCAUAUCCACCACCAACACUACCAGCAAUCAAGAAAGGAGCAGAGAAGGUGCUGUUUCUUAUGGAAACACUUGCAAAGGAAGAUAAAGUGCGGCAGUGGCAACAAAGUACUAGCUUUAUGAAUUCUACUAUAAUUAAUCCUGGUGGUAGAAUUGGAGGUUUAGGUUUAUUUUGGUGUAAUAGUAUUAAGCAAUUAAGUAUGGCUCUAGCCAAUUUGCAGUACCCUAGCAUUCUAAACUUAAGGGUACCGGAGAUCAUAGGCAAAGAGGCAGUGGUACAUCAGUCUGCUGACCAUGAGCCUACGACCAAUCUUUCAACAUGCUUGGAAAACUGUCUUACUAAAGCCAGUGAGUGGAGUCAGCAGAGGUUUGGUGGUUUAGACAAAAGAGUUAAGGAGCUAAUGGCAACACUCCAACACAAUCAGGUAAACCCAAUCCAUUCAGAUUCAAUACUAGCCACUCAUGCAAAUUACAGAGUUAAAGAUCUCCUGUCUACAAGUGGACAAUGGAAGCUAGACAUGUUGCGAAAAAAUUUAUCAGACGAUAUCAUACACCAAAUUCAAGAUGGUUUAGACGAAUGCAAUGUUACUUCUUUAAUUCUUUCAUUCAUUGCAAAGUUGCAUCAGCUUCAGAAUAGUGUAAACCUUGUUCAUGGAGUCGAAGAAGAGGACAUCAAUGAUCCUUUUGAUGAGAAAAGGAUUGCACAAGCUCUUGUUGAAAACCCGGAAGUGAGAUUCCUCAUUGUCCUUGAUGAUGUUUGGACUGAGGAAUACUCAGGAAGUGGAAACCACUUAGAGACUCAUUCAAGGGCGCUGCUCUGGGAAGCUGCACGACAUAGUCCACGAUUUUGCACAGUUUUUGGUGCAUUUGACGAGGUAGAUAACUCAAUGGCAGCAACUUACAGAGGAUCUUUAUGCAGAGAAAGACAUCGUCAUGUGAGAAUUCCUGGUGAACUUCCGCGAGAUUUGUGUAGUAAUUUGAGAUCUGUGAGGUCCUUAACAUUGUCAUCUUGUGGAUUACAACAUUUACCAAAGGAGAUUGGAAAUUUGAUUCAUCUGCGGUUCUUGGAUGUGAGUGACAAUGAGUUCAUGGAAUUGCCAGAAACAUUAUGUCAUUUACAUUAUUUGGAAUCUCUGGAUAUUGAUUUGUGCCACAACCUUAGGCGCCUUCCUCAACGGAUUGGAGACCUUGUCCACCUGAGACACCUCUUCAAUGAUUACACAGGACAACUGGGAAUCCCACAAGGGGUUGGAAAGCUGCAACCACCCCCAAACCUAAAAGUACUUUGGUUUUACUACUAUCCUACAACUCAAUUACCCAAGUGGGUUGUGUCCAAACCUCUCAUCAACAACUUGAGCAGCCAUGAAUUCUACGGAAUACCUGAUGUGGAGCAAGACAUUAAUCUUGCCUUCAUCAUCCAGAAGCUUUCCCGCAACAGGGCUUUUCCAGAAAUGGAGACUCUUUUGGAUGAACUUAAGGGGUCCCGGAUCGUUUGUUCUGAGAAGAUGUUUAGUUCUGUCAUCAGGACUUAUGGUAUUGCCAGCAAGCCUAAGGAAGCCCUUAGGCUGUUUCUGAGGAUGGAUGAGUUUUCGGGCGUAAAAAGAGAAAAGUUCGAUGAAAUGCCAGUCAUGGGGAUCGUUCCAAAUGUGGAAAGAACGGUUGGUAGAUGCUGUCAAGGAUGUGUUAGCCGAGAUGAUGCCAGUGAAAAGGCUGCAAAUUCGCAGGUUGCAGAAAUGAAAUUUUUCUUGUUCACAUCAGGUCAAGGGAUUGGCUGCCUGGUAUCUUCCCUGGUACCUUGCAACCAAGGUCACCGCAGCUCUAAUUUGGUUAUGGGGAGUGACUAG